CUUUUGACAGUAAUUUAUGGUUACAUAACCUUAUUUCAAGGUUUACCAAACGUCAACUUAAAUGCAUUAAAAAGGAAACAAUAAAAGUACAAUUAGAAAGGUGAAAGAAAUCGAAAAGAGGGACUCUGUGUUAACACCUAAACAACAAAUUGACAGACUACUUCGACCUGGAUCGUCAUAUUUUAAUUUAAAUCCUUUUGAAGUGUUGCAAAUUGAUCCAUCCACGUCCAUAGAUGAAAUCAAGAAGAAAUAUCGGCGUAUGUCAAUUCUUGUGCAUCCAGACAAAAAUCAAGAUGAUGCAGAACGAGCACAACAAGCAUUUGAAAUUGUUAAUAAGGCAUGGAAGACAUUGGAAAAUGAAGAGACUAGAGCAAAAUGUAUGGAUGUCAUUGAAGAAGCCAAAGCCCGUACAGAUCACAUGAUUUCAGAAAAGAAAAAGAAACUGAAAAAGGAAGGAAAAGCAGAUGGUGUAACAAUGCUUGAUGAAGAAACAGAAGAAGGUUACAGACACGCUGUAUGGGUUAUGACGAUGAAACUCUUUGCUGAUAUGGAGCGAAGAAGGAGAGAAUUAGCUACCAGGGAUGCAGAACAGCGUAAAAGGAAACGAGAGGAAGAAUUAUCUGCAGAGGCACAAGCUGCAUUAGAACGUGAGUGGCAAAAAAAUUUUGAGGAAUCACGACAAUCUAGAGUCGACAGUUGGAAAGCCUUUCAAUCCGGUUCUAGUGCUACAAAACAGAAAAAAGCUAAGAAAUUAAAAGCAUUCAGGCCACCAAAAACGAAAGCUGAAUCACGAUAAUUGUACAGUUAUUGUUCUUGGCACUUGGCAUAAAUUAUUUCAUUCGAUGUUUCAUAUUUCUUGCAAAUUCUCAUCAUGUGACAUGAAAUAACGGAAUUCAUCGAAUCCAAUUGUAAUUGUUCAUUAAAUUUAUUUGUUAAUUAAAAAAUUGUGAUUUGAAGCUAGUUGAAAAUAUGUUGAAUCAGAUGAUGAACUGAAGAGUGUGUUAUAAAUAGAGUGACAUGUGAAUUGAGCAAGAGUGCAUGCAAAUAAGUAUUGUAUGUAUCUUUCAAGAGGAAUGUGUAUGUUUGUGGAACAAAAUAUCUGUAAGUAUGUAUGCGGGUACUUGGUUGUGAUAAACUUACAUGGCCUGAAUAAGUUAAAUUAUAAUGCACAAUUUCUAUGUGACUAAUUAUUUUAAAAUUAUGAAAAAUAUUCCAAUGAAUAAGUAUAAAAUAUGAAACAGUUAAGAAUCUUAGUAUGCAUUGCUAUAUUCAUUUGUACAUCUUAUAAUGUAUAUAUGUACUUUAUAAUUGAAUACGUUACAAUCAAAUAUUUUCAAAACUAAAUAAAAUACAGAAAUCGUAUUUAUUUAUUUACUGAAUUUAUGUUUGGAACAUUGACGUUUAUAACAUAUGUUUCUGUGGAUGCAGUAACUGUAAAUGCUUGAAAUGAAUCAAGACUGGCCAAUUAUUGUUUAUUUAAAUUUUAUUGAUUAUUGUUUAUUUAAAUUUUAUUGGAAGAUCACAACAUGUACAGUAUUCCUUGAUAGUAACUUCAAAGGCCAUGUAGUCAUAACAUCCAGUGUCCAAUAGGUAAUCAUGUAAAAAAACAAAAUGUUGCAUCUCAACGUACACUUGGUCCAAUUGUAAUUUGUAAGAUUACUAUAAGGAGGUUAAUGUUCUAAAAAUGUAAGUUUUCUUUUCAAAUAGUGUUUAUUAACACUUGAAAGUCAAUGUCGAACAAGUGCCGAUCAAACGUACGAGAUCAAUUGUGGGAGAACAAUUUUUUUAUUAAAAAGAUUGAACAGAAUGAAUAACAGAAAAAAGUGAAAUCAAUCGAUAGAUUUUCUUUUUCAUUUCGCAAUUACGACCGUUUUACAAGUUAGUAUGGGUUAACCUGCGAUGCCAUAAGCUACGCCACUACCGAUCUGUACUUCAACAUGAUAGUAAUAAUCAACUUGCCAUUAGGUAUUACGGGAGAAUACAUUAAAUAGACACAUUAAUAAAUCGCAACAUUUAUUUGUGGCAAAUACACAAUCACAAAUGAAACUUUCACUCGUAUAUUGUUAUUUGUCUAUAUACAAGAAUUUUUUUUAAUUGUACAUCAUACAUCAAACUGUUUUAUAUUUUUUGGUAAUAGAAUCAGAAUUUAACUUUGUAUUUGUAUACUAAAGCAUUAAUAGUGAAUGCUACAUUGUAUUGUUUCUCAUUGAGUUUAACCAUUCAUCAUCACUUAUGUAUCCAUUUUGUAUAUUAUGACAUCUGUGGGAUAAUAACAUGUAAAUAUAAAUACAUAUCAAACAUCUAUUAUGGGAUAAUUAUGCUCAAACAUUUUAAGAAACGUGUAAGCAUUUAUAUGAAACAAGUUCAAAAUUUAAUUAUUCACAUAAAUGUUAUGUUUUCUACUUUCAAAAAAAUGUACAAUAUUCCAUAUUAUUUAUUGUAGACUAUCAUAUUUCAUGCUUGAUGAAUCUAUUCUUAUUAUAUGUUGUAUUCAUAAUUUAAAAUUCAUGAUUAUCAUGCUUCCAAUUAUCAUACUUUUAUUUUUUUUUACAAUAACUUUAAACAAACGUUAGAUAAAAGUGUUUACUUUUUAGAAUUUUAUAUAUUUAAUAAUUUAUUUAAAAUUACCUAAAAGAAGAGAAAAACUACGGCAACAAAGUAUGUAAGUAAAUGUAUAAGUAAGUAACAUUGGAAUUACAUUUUUAUUGACAACACCAAUUUAUUUAAUAUCCAACUUUUUAAAAAGAAUUAAUGAAUUAAGAGAUGUCGAGUCAUUUUAUAUACCUAAAGAGUGAAGGGCAUAGCUAAAUAAUGUAUUGAGUUGUUUGCAAAGUAUUUUUAGUAAUAAAUUUUUUAGACUAAUAAAAGUAUGAUAAAAUAAUAAAUGGAAUUUCGACAAUUUUUACAGAAUUAUACGAAUUAUUUUUUGGUAAACAUAAAAAAAUUUUAAUAAUUUUGAAACUGAAAUAAAAUGUUCUGCAUUGGGAUUAUGCAAAGUAUAUUGUCCGUAUUGUAGCAUACAUGACUAAAUAAAAAGAUACUGAACACACUAUUUGUUAUUUAUUUACAAAUAAAUACACCUAUUUACAAAUUUGUGCAUUACAAAAAUAUAUUCACCUGCGCACAUAAGCGUGUGCAUUAAUUAACACGUAAACAGAGUGAGGUAGAGAUAGUUACAACAAUAUGUUUCUCUUUUAACCAACAAGAAUAUUUAAAAUACAUAUUUACGCGCUAAAAACAAUAAUACGUAUUAUUUUUAACACAGUGUACGAACAUUUUCUUUGUAUAAUAAUGCGAAAUACAUUUAUAAUGAGAACACGUUUCAAUGCUUUAACACAUCAAUAUUUCUUACAAUUAUUUAACAAUAACAGUACAUUUAUGAUUCAUAUAAAACAUCACUUUAUACUGAUCAUUAUCUGAACUUUUAUGGCAUAUAUUACCUAUUAAAAAACUAAGAGAAACAGGCGGAGUGGACCGAGAAAUAGGACUUAGAGGUUUCUUGUUACGUUGCAAUACAACUGAUGAUGAUGUUAAAGAUCUAAGAUAUUAGAAAAAGAAAAAAGUAUGAGAAAAAUUUAUAAAAUAAUAAUACUAAUAUGUUUACUUACCUAUUUUUACUACUGGGAAGUCGUGAAGUGUCUAAUGGAGCAAGCUUUAUAUUUUUUGACCAGACAGCAGGUGAAACAGUAGCAUGCCAAGCUGAUUGAUAACUUGAAUAUUUUGUUGGAGUUAAACUAUUUCCUGUAUUUUUUAUAGUAUUUUUAGUAGUAAGGAACUGUUAUAAAUUUUUCAUAUCUUAUAUGUUUUGCUUAAAAAACAUAUAAUAUACCUUGAAACGUGGAAACAUUCAAAGGUUGUUCCAUAAAUUUAAUAGGGGUAGUCUUUAUUGUAGAAAAACUCUCUCUGGUUGAUAGAAUAUAUGGCACAGGGCUGACUACAAUCUUUUCAUUAAAAACAGUUCCAAGUUUAUUUCUGCUGGUAUGGGGCCUCAAAAAUUUAUCUUCUGCGGAAAAUGUAUUAUCCUGACCAUUCUUAGUUCCGUUAUUAUAUUUAAGAUUAUCAUAUUUCCUAUAAAUACAACUGUCAAUAAAAUUUAUGUAAGAAAUUAUAUAAUUAAUCUAAAAAUACUAAUCCUGGUAAAAAUAGUAUUACAUUAAAUGAUGCAAUUGUCU